GCUCUUUUCUGAAUCUGACAUCAUGUUUUGUUUCCCCCUCCGCACAUACUAAUACUCUCCAUGCUGCUUCCACCAGCCAUGGACCAACCCUCAAUGCAAUAUGAUCUUUCCCCGGCCCCGUACGGCCGCGCAUGUAUGAAUUGCUCGCAGGCGAAAUGCAAGUGCAUACUUUCCAAAGACGGAGGCCAAUGUCAACGCUGUCAGCGCCUCAACAAAGAAUGUCGCCCCUCCGCGUUCCAGCGCCGGCAAAAUCUCCGCAAAUCCGCCGCCACGAAGAGCGGUCGGCUGGAGAAGAAGCUGGACGAUGUGGUCGCGCUGCUUCGUGCCCGGGCUGCGCAUGCAUCUGGUAGCAGUGCGGCCGCAGAUGAAUACGCUGACUUGAUCGAGGAGCAGUUGAACGCGACAACGACGCCGGCAAGGCCGCGGCCCCGGACACGGACCCCGCGCAGUAUCUCACGGAGGAGACCUGACGUUGAAAUUGGAAUCCAAAAUGCGAGCAAUCCGCGGGUCCGGCUGCAGUCCCCCGAGCCGCUCGAGCAGACAUCAGGUGGUCUCGGCUCGGUGGCUCACUUGCCAGAAGACGCUGCUCUCGAGCUCGCGCCGUGGCAAGCCGAAGAGUGUCUGACGGCGUUCCUCACGCAGAAACUGCCGUAUCUCCCAUUCAUCCACUUCCCAUCGGGGACGACGGCACGGCGUCUCCAGCGCGAGCGGCCGUUCACGUGGCUAUGUGUGAUGGCGGUGGCUUCGAAGAGCGCGAAGCAGCGCUCUGCGCUCUGCGACAAGGUCAAAGAGAUUGUCGCGCGGAAGGCGGUUCUUGACUACGGGGGUCGCGAUCUCGAUCUCCUCUUGGGCAUCCUGAUCUUUAUCGCUUGGUCCAGCCAACAAGUCUUCCGUAAGCUCAACCUGAUCAUGUUCAGCCAGCUCGCCAUUGCGGUGGUGUAUGAUCUCUCGCUGGACAAGCCCUCCUCGCUGGAGAACUCUCUCCUGUUGUGUCUCCAUUCGUCCGUGGAUGACGGUCCUCCCCCGCUGCCCGUCCGGUCCAAGGAGGAGCGUCGAGCCGUGCUAGGUUGUUACCUCCUCACCUCGAGCAUCGCCCUCUUCUUCAAAAAAGCCUCCUCCCUCCGCUGGACCCCAUACCUAGAAGAAUGCCUCGAAACCCUAAGCCAGCAUCCCGACAGUCCCCACGACGAAGUCUUCAUCCACCAAGUCCGCUACCAACACGUCACCGAGCAACUAAACCACCCAGACAAUUCCAAUUUUCUACAAGCCCCAAUCCCCACCUACCAACACGCCCUAACCAGCUAUCUCCAAUCCGCCCAAACCAACUUUCCCCCGCACACCCAACAAUACAAAAUAAUCCACCUCCACAACACCCACACCACCCUAACCCUGACCGAACCCUCGCUCCUCCUCAACACAAGCCCCAGCCCCAGCCCGAACCCUAAACCAUCUCAAUCCCAAUCCCAAUCCCAACCCUCAUCCACUUCGCAAACCGCAACCCAACCGCCCACCCUCAACAUCCCCCACCUCAACCACCUCUCCGCCGCCCUCACCGCCACAAAGCUCUGGCUCGAAACCUUCCUCACCAUCCCGCCGGCCGAGUACAGCGGCUUCCCGUUCACGGUGUUCGCGCAGCUGGCCCGCACCCUGGCCGCGCUGUGGCGGCUCUCGACGCUGGAGGAUCCGCUGUGGGAUCGCGGGGGCGUGCGGCGGGCGGUGGAUAUUUUGGGGGUGUUGGAUCGUGUGGUGGGGAAUUUGGGGCAGGCGGCGGCGUUGGCGAGGUUGGAGGGGGGGAGGGGGUUUUUUGGGAAUCCGGGUGGAAGGGAGGAUUUGGGACACGGGGAUGGGGAGGAGGAGGAGGAGGAGGUUGAUGAGGGGGAGGUGUUUUUUCAGUCGGUGGGGAAAUAUGAGUCUAUGCGGUUG